GGAGCGAGGAGCGGAGGGACUUCACGCGAAGCUGGACACACAUAUUUCCCUUUCACUGCUGGAACUCAGCGAACAAAUCGUAAUUAUUCCCUGACCAUCAGCCACAUUUAGUGGAACUCUGCUGGAAUAUUUCUCGGGAAACUUUGGUCUUGAUCACUCCACAACACCGAGGACAAACAAGCUCGGAUUCAAACCCACACCACCCGGACCAGAGCAAGGCCCGAUGUGUGCAUGUGUGUGAGCAUGUCUGUGUGAGGUCCUUUAAGUGUGUAUUUUCAGUACUUCCAGUGCCUUUGAAUGAGCGAACGUGUUGUGUGCGUGAGUGAGAAGAUGAGGGCUGUUGCCGCUCUUCUGUGUUUCCUGAUGGUCGCCCAGGUCGGGGCGUCCCGGUUGGUCCGGGACACCGUGGUGGGCCCGGAGGCUUCAGAACCCUACAAGAGCAACGCCUCCGUCCCGCUUCAGCCCCCCCAGCAGGGCCGUCCACGGGGCUCCUUCCCCCCCAUGUGUGUAAAUCCCACGGAGAUAAAGCAAGCCUUCAAGUAUGUGAACACCAUUGUGUCCUGCCUGAUCUUUGCGGUGGGGAUCAUCGGCAACUCCACACUGCUCCGGAUCAUUUAUAAGAACAAGUGCAUGAGGAAUGGACCCAAUGUCCUGAUUGGCAGCCUGGCUCUGGGAGACCUGCUUUACAUCAUCAUCGCCAUCCCCAUCAAUGUGUUUAAGCUAAUAGCCGAGGACUGGCCGUUUGGCGUGUACGUCUGUAAGCUGAUGCCGUUUAUCCAGAAAGCUUCAGUUGGAAUCACCGUCCUCAGUCUGUGUGCCCUCAGUAUCGACCGCUACCACGCCGUGACAUCAUGGAGCAGGGUGAAGGGGAUGGGCAUCCCUCUGUGGAAAGCGGUGGAGGUGACGCUGAUCUGGCUCGUUGCCGUGGCGCUGGCGGUCCCUGAGGCACUGGCCUUCGACAUGCUGGAGAUACCGUACAGAGGCAACAAGCUGCGCGUGUGUCUGUUGCACCCAGAACAGACCGGCAGCUUCAUGAAGCUCUACCACGACAUGAAGGACUGGUGGCUGUUUGGCUUCUACUUCUGCUUCCCCCUGGCCUGCACAGGAGUCUUCUACACCCUCAUGUCCUGCGAGAUGCUCAGUCGCAAGAAAGGCAUGCGCAUCGCACUCAACGACCACAUGAAACAGCGGAGGGAAGUAGCGAAGACGGUGUUCUGCCUCGUGCUGAUCUUCGCUCUCUGCUGGCUGCCUCUCCAUCUGAGUCGCAUCCUGAAGAAAACUAUUUAUGACGAAAAUGACCCCAACCGCUGUGAGCUGCUCAGCUUCUUGUUAGUGAUGGAUUACAUCGGCAUCAACAUGGCUUCCUUAAACUCCUGCAUUAACCCCAUCGCCCUCUACUUUGUCAGCCAGAAGUUUAAAAACUGCUUCCAGUCUUGCCUGUGCUGCUGGUGCUACAGGACAUCUCUUCUGGACGAACGAGGCUCGGGGGGGCGCUGGAAGGGCUCUUGUCACGGGAACGGGCUGGACCGCUCCAGCUCCCGCUCCAGUCAGAAAUACACAAGCUCUUCAUAAACACACACACACACAUAUCCUGCCAUACCUCGUGUUCCCAUCGGCUCCCGGAGGAAACGGAGAAGGAAUCACUGAAGGAAGGAGGGAGGAGGAAACAGGACUGUACCUGAUCAGGCUGCCAAAACAUAUGAUGUCUUAAAUCUGUGGCUGUUAUAGAGGACUGAAGUCGCUACAUUUAUAUAGAAUGUUUAUUAAAGCCGCAUGUAGAGGGUUAUUUACAAGCAGACCUAUGAUUAUACCCUGCCUUAUGUCUGAAUAACAGCUGCAAUACUGAAGCUUUAAUACCUCACAGUGAAUGGAAACUGUUCUUUUUACAUACACAACGGUGCCUCUGCAAUAAUAAACACAAUCAAACGCUGAUUAUCUGAAAAGCUGCUGAGCCGAUUCCAGGCUGCCCGGUGACAUCAUAGUGAAAAGGGCCCCGCUGUCAUGUGGGGAGCCAAACGUUGGAAAUCUUUUAUCUGGAAGUCAUCGACGCCUGAAAUCAUGCAGAGAGCAGCUGUUGUCUUUGAACGCUGAAAAUAAACACCAGAUGACUCCAAUCAUGCCACACAGAGGAGAUCAUUUAUAAGGACUUUUAUUAUUGCAUUAUUCAAGCUGUUGUACGCGUUUUUCACUGUGUAUAAAGUCUUAACCCGUCCUUUAUUAUAAUGUAGCUUCUAUUUUUAUAAGAAAGUAUUACAAAACAUGUGGAUAUUGUUUAACGUGAGGUGGUCAUUUGUUAUUUUUGUUUCCCGUAGCUGCUGGAAAGGACUUCUGAGAGCUGCUCGCGGAAAUAUCCUAAACUUGACCCAUUUAAAAAGAUUUAGCAAGGAAAAAAUAAAUCCUGUACAGCUGGAUGUGUUCAAGAAGUUUCUGGUCACUGUGUAAAGUUCAAGUUAUUUAGAUAAAUGUUUUUGCAUUGAAUUUAAUCCUGGUAAUCCAUUGUUUAACCAACAUGAUUUUCAUCAAAGGAGCUCAUAGUGAGGAAUGUAUUAUGUAGGCUGCAGAACUGAAAGAUACAUGUGUUCCUGAUAUUUUAAGAUUACCUUCAGGACAUCUGUAGCUAGCUGUACUUUGUGACAAAUCUUGUGAUACCGGCACAUCAUCAAAUAACCAUUUUGAAAUCAUCGUAAACUAAUUCAAACCGUCUUCAACAUUACCAGUAGUAAGUCACUUAUGAUACAAACACAAGAUGACUAUAAUGUAAUCCUCUUAUAGUUUUAAAUAUCAAACUAAAGAGGGAAGGUGCCUUUUUUAAAAACGUGCUGAUAACCAGACAAGGUGUUUGUUCACACUGAAGUAUUUUCAACUCUUUUUAAUAUAAGCUAUAAUUAAAUGUAGGCUACAGUGAAAAUAUGUCCAUGGAAAGCUCAAAUCAGCUGAUCAUGUAGCAUGUGUCUCAUGAACUCAUCAUGAUUGUGUGUGCCAUCACUGCGCUGCUUUAGGAUAGAGAUGGAGGUCUGAGCAGCUCUGUGACCCAGACACUGAGAUAAUUUCAGGUUGAAGAUUAAUGUAAUGUGAAUAUACGCCCCGGUGUUUUAAAUUACAUUUAUACCGUACCUAUUUGUUGGAAUAUGCUGUAAUAAAUAUUAUUUU